AUGGUUUGGGAAGGAGCAAAAUGUUUUCUCUUCGUCCCACUGUUUAUUCUUGUGACAGGGGAAAACUGUCACUUUAGCAAUAAUAUCUCUAUUGUUGAACCUCUCACAGAAGAGGGAGCUCUGAGUGUAGCUGAGCGUAUAGAUUGCCAUCCUGAACCAGAUGUUAGCAGAGAAAAGUGUGAGAGUCGAGGUUGUUUUUAUGAAAUUGUGGAGGAGGAGGGGGGAGCACCCUGGUGCUACUAUCCAACAGGAUAUGGAUAUAUGAUGUUGGAUGAGCCAGCAGAAACCCAUGAUGGAUAUAUGGUUCAUCUCAGAAGAUCAGUUUCUCUUCCUAUGUUUGGAGGUGAAUCGCAAGAUCUGUGGGUUCAAGUCUUCUUCCAGACAGAUAACAGACUUAGAAUUCUUAUCACAGAUGACAAACCUAGAUUUCAAGUUCCAAUAGAAAUUCCUUCUCUUGGUGGUAUGCCCUCCAACCCUGAGUAUACAGUAAGCUUCACUUCUUCUCCUACUUUCGGAAUCAGAGUGAAUAGAAGAUCUAGCGGGGAGCUGGUCCUUGAUACGUCAUUACCUGGGCUGGUUUUCUCUGAUCAGUUUAUCCAGCUACCUAUCCGGCUACCCACAGGAUCUAAUCUUUAUGGUUGGGGUGAAAACGAGCAGCUUAGUUUUUCCCAUGAUAUGAACUGGAAUACAUUCGGAUUGUAUGGAAGGGACCAACCCCCAUCAGGAGCAACGAACAUGUACGGUGUCCACCCUAGACUAACUAUACUGGAUAAGAAUGGUGAUACAGCAGGACUUCUAUUCUUAAAUUCUGCGGCCCAGGAGAUUUCACUGACUCCUAUGCCUGGAGCAAUAUACAGAACUAUCGGUGGUCUUUUAGAUGUUUAUAUUUUUCUUGGUCCUUCACCGGAAUCCGUGGUUCAACAAUAUACAGGGGCAAUAGGUCGGACUCCUAUUCCCCCCUACUGGAGCUUAGGGUUUCAUCUUUGUAGAUAUGGAUAUGAUAGUUUGGAAAAUAUGCAGGCUGCUAGGGAUAGGAUGGUUAUGUACAAGAUACCUCAAGAUGCUCAAUGGGGAGAUAUUGACAUCAUGGAAAGACAAUUAGAUUUUACAAUUGAUGCUGAGAGAUUUGGAGGACUUGCUGAAUAUGUUAGAGUGAUCAAGGAGGAAGGUGUUAGGUUUGUAACGAUCCUUGACCCUUGUAUUAGUAUUGGAGAACCAAACUGUACGUAUAAACCAUAUGAUCUUGGAGAACAGUUUGGAGUUUGGAUUAAUAAACCCAAUGGGGAACCACUUAUAGGAAGAGUAUGGCCUAAUGAUCCUGUUUACUUCCCUGACUACACUAAUCUAAGAACCCAUGAGUGGUGGCAGAUACUCAUUAAAGAGUUCCAUGACCUGAUUGAUUUUGAUGGUCUCUGGAUAGACAUGAAUGAACCUGCAAACUUUGUGGCUGGAGAUUUAAACGAGGGCUGUGCUGCUACUGCUACCAACUACCCUCCAUACCUUCCUCAUGUCCGUAUUGACGAUGCUAAAAAUGGUCUCGCUGAUAAAACAAUUUGCGGAGAUGCCGUUCAUGCUACAGGGGAUCAUUAUGAUCUGCAUAAUAUGUUUGGAUGGUUUCAAUCUAAACCAACUCUGAACGGGGUCAGAGAAGCGACAGGAAAGCGUGGUCUAGUAUUGAGUCGAUCAACCUUUGUUGGAUCAGGAAGAUGGGUUGCUCAUUGGUUGGGAGAUAAUUUCUCAAACUGGAGUAAUCUUAGAGCUUCAGUAAUUGGUAUGCUUCAAUUCAACCAGUUUGGUAUCCCAUUUGUUGGAGCAGAUAUUUGUGGAUUUAUUGAUGAUACUACUCCAGAGCUGUGCAGUAGAUGGCAGCAGCUUGGAGCUUUCUAUCCAUUCUCCAGGAAUCACAAUGGAUUGGGGAAUAUUGAACAGGAUCCAGGGUUCUUUGGGGAGGAGAUUGCUCUAAUUACUCGAGAUGCUUUAAACAUAAGAUACAAUCUUCUUCCUUAUUUGUACACCCUCUUCUAUUCACAUUAUACACAAGGGAGUACAGUUGCUCGAGCUCUAUGGCAUGAGUUCCCUCAAGAUAAUCUGACCAGGACUAUAGAUGAUCAGUUUAUGUGGGGUAGUCAGCUACUCAUAUCCCCAGUACUCACUCAAGGGGCGACUUCAAGGAACAUUUAUCUUCCUCCUGGAUCUAGAUGGUUUUCAGCUUCAAACUUCCUGGAUUGGACAUCUUGGAAGGAGGUAGAUUCCGGUUGGGUUGAGGUGGAUGCUCCUCUAGAUGUUCUUCCUCUUCAUGUUAGAGGGGGAUACGCUAUUCCUCUUCAAGUACCAGCUGUAAACACAGCGCUGAGUAGAAGCAACCCAUUUCAGUUGGUUUUUGCUCUGGACAAUAACGGACGUAACGGAGAGGCUCGAGGAGAACUGUUCUUUGAUGACGGAGACACUAUUGAUACAGUAGAGAGCGGAGAAUACCUCCUCACUAGCUUUAUGUACAAUAAAGAUGAUGAAAUAGAAUAUAUUGUUCAUAAUGACGGUUGGUCCGGGGCUAAUCUUCUCUUCAUCGAGCAAAUACUUGUUGUUGGAUGCCCUGAUGGAGUGAGUUCUAUAACAGUAAACGGUGACCUGCAUUCUGAUUACAUAAACACUGACGGUCAACUCAUCAUAAGUAAUCUGAAACUACAGCUUAAUCAACCCUGGAUCAUUCAACUGGAAUAGAUUUAGUUACUUUUGACAAUUUUCACAAGUUUUCUUCGUUUGAAAUAUAAUAAUUAAAUCAU